CAAACAAUGCAAAUACGAAACAAAAUAAACCUAUCAUAAAAGUAAACUUACAUUUGUAUAGUUAAAUAUAGUCUCAUAGAUAUGGAUCCAGCACUUCUGAGAGAGCGGGAGGCGUUCAGGAAAAAGGCACUUGCAACGCCGAGUGUUGAGAAAAAGAAGAGAGAUGACUCCUUUAAAGAUGAUAGCAAGAAGAAAUCAAAAUCAUCAAGCUCAGCAAAUGCUGCCCCAAAAAUUGAUGCAACCAAUUACAAGACGAUGGCUGGCAGUUCCUCCUAUCGUUUUGGUGUGUUGGCUCGCAUCGUCAGACACAUGAAGUCCAGACACCAAGAAGGGGAUGACCAUCCGCUGUCGAUUGAUGAAAUUUUAGAUGAAACAAAUCAGUUAGAUGUUGGAAGUAAAAUUAAACAGUGGCUUCAGACUGAAGCGUUACAGAAUAAUCCUAAAAUAGAGCACACAUUUGACGGAAAGUUUAUAUUUAAACCAGUUUAUAAAAUUAAGGACAAGAAAUCAUUACUGAGAUUACUGAAGCAACAUGAUUUAAAAGGUCUAGGGGGGAUUUUUCUAGAGGACGUCCAAGAAUCAUUGCCGCACUGCGACAGAGCAUUGAAAAGUUUAGCGCAAGAAAUAUUAUACAUAACAAGACCCUCGGAUAAAAAGAAAAUUUUGUUUUAUAAUGACAAAACCGCCACUUUAGAUGUUGACGAAGAGUUUGUGAAAUUAUGGCGAGCCACGGCCGUAGAUGCCAUGGACGACGCCAAGAUAGAGGAAUACUUGGAGAAGCAAGGCAUCAAAUCAAUGCAGGACCACGGCCCAAGGAAACCUGUGGUGCCCAAACGGAAGAAAGUCACCCAGAAGAGGAGGCAGUUCAAGAAACCCAGGGACAAUGAACAUCUGGCUGACGUACUCGAAACGUACGAAGAUAAUACGCUGACACAAAAAGGUGUCAGUAUUAAAUGAAAUAAUUAUAUUAGCUGUUGUUGUUUUA